AGCCGCAGAAUGGGCGAUAGUCGAUCCACCUGUUAUCUGUUAAAUGUCGUCUGGCAUAAUCGUCCUCUUUGUCAUUGCAUUCGCAGUUUACUUCUACAGCUGUCGACGCAGUAGAUUACCACUACCUCCUGGGCCACGUCCAAAGUUCUUCACUGGAAAUGCGCAUCAACUACCCAAGCAGGAGUCUUGGCGGAUGUACGCUACUUGGGCGGAAAUUUAUGGGCCCAUUUUCUCCUUCCGCGUGCCUGGCCAGCAGUUCAUAGUGCUCAGCUCCAUAAAAACAGCCUACUGAAUUACUCGAUUUACGCGCCACUACAUAUUCUGAUCGUCCAAGACUAUGGAUGUAUACAGGAACUUGCGAAGCGCAAGCUGAAUACGUUCAACAUACCUUUCAAUCACCCGUAUUUCAAGAUCUAUCGUAGGAUCUUCAAAGCAAGUCUGAGUCCCCGCAAUAUACAAGGCUA